AUGCAAAAUUUUACUGGUCAAAGUAGGAAAAGAAGAGUUAAUUUAAGCACAACUUCACGUCGUAAUAGACAAGAAUUAAUUAAAAAUGCAUCACAGGAAAGAGAAAAGAGAGCUUUAGAAAAAAAGAAAUUGAUUAGUAGUAUAAAAAUACAAUCCAAAAUAAGAACAUUUUUGAGUAAUAAGAAACUUGCCUUUAAAAUAAAAACCAAUUAUGCUACUCUUGGGAACACAUCUAAUUUAAUAUUAAUUCUUUUCGGUACACGUAUUUUAAAAUAUUUUAGUUUAUUGGAUCUUAAAACUAUUAUUAACGAUAUUGACGUGGGAAGUGCCAGUUUUCAUAAAUGUGUGGCAAAGAUAUUAAUUAAACUAUUGAAUUAUAAAGAAGUGCAGCAAGAUACUGAAAUAACAAAUAUAAUUUUUGGGAAAUUGGGGAAAUUGGCCACACCAUUAUCAGGACAUGAUUAUUAUACUGAAAUUUUAAAGUUUGUUCUUAAUGGCGACUAUAAGGAUAGGGGACCAUUUAGUAAGUAUAACGAGUUUUGUAACUUUGUCAAUGCUUGUAUGUCUCCUUUGUUGUUUUUACGUAUUUUACAAUUAGAUGUGGAACAAGUUGUACACCAACGAAAUUUCACCGAACUUUUGCAUAAUUUAGACCCUACUAUGUGGUUUACUGACUUUCCAGUCGAUGAAAUUGAAGAGCUAUCUUUGGCUCCCUUGGUCAGAAACAUUGGAUUUGAGUUUAUAAAUUGUUAUGGCAAUGAGGAUGGCAAAUGUGAUGCAUUUUUUCAAAUAUAUUUAAAAGUUCUAUACAAAGCAAAGAACUCAUUUAAAUCAUUUUGUUAUUCCAAGUUGGAUACCGGUAUUUUUUCUCCAUCAUAUCUCAGUUUUGUUAGCCAAUGUAGAUAUAAAAUAUUAGAGUGUAUAUCUCAGGACUUCGCAGCUGUGUUUAAUUUUCUUUACAGGUUUUCACCAGAUAAAUCUACGGCAUAUUCCGUAUGUUUGAGUUUGAUAGUAAAACCUAAUUGGAUGAAGGGUUUGCAUGAGGCCUGUUUCUCUGACAAGAUCACUUCUAAUACUUCUGAAAACGAUACAACUGAGAAACUGGGUGAUUGGUGCUCUGACAAAAUUUCUUUACUAAUCAAGGUAUUAGAAACUUAUUUGAUACUUGUAACUGAUUAUGAGUUGUUAAAUCCAGUUUCUGCCACGAUUAAUUAUCCAAUUAAUUAUUUCAAACAGGUGUGCAAGUUUAUAAAGGAAACUGUGUUUAAACAAUACAGAAAUAGGAUAGUUGAAAGCACAAACAUUUUUGUUAAAAAUGAGGAUACACUUGGGAAUUAUGCUGAAAUUCUACAUAAAAUAUAUAUCAGGGACACGAGAAUUAAGAUAUUUCCCACAGAUUUUUGGGUUAUUGAAGAUGCUGAUUUUCAAGAAAAUAUUAAGAUAGAUACUUUAGUUUUCCAAUACGUUGAAUAUUACAGAGACUCUGCAGAAAAUCUUUUCCAUAAUGUGGAAGAACAGAAAACAUCCGUUGGCCUUCGAGAAAUAAAGAAAACCCAUCAGUAUUACGAGAGAGAGAAAAAGGAGAUAAUGGAUAAGUUUAUUCAGAGGAAAAAAUUGACUAGGGAGGCUACAUCUAAACAAUUAAUGAAAUUCUAUAUGUUAUACAAGUUCCCGUAUUUUAUUCCUUUUAUGCAAAGAGUGGAUUGGUUUUAUAAAUUAAUUGCUAAAGAUGAGUACUUCUUUGAUGUGAAUCAAGAUAUGCCGAUUUGGCCGUUACAAAACCUUACUGGUGCGAUUGCCAAUCAUGGCCGUAGAGGCAGAAUAGAGGCUACUAUUUCUAGGGAACAUAUAUUAGAAAAUGCUUAUGAUGCAUUCAACUCCGUUGGCGAAUUGCUAAAGGGCCAAUUAGCAUUGACUUUUACCAAUGAAGUUGGGGGUAUAGAGGCAGGAAUUGAUGGCGGGGGCCUAACAAAAGAGUUUUUGACAGGUAUCUGUGAAGAAGGCUUUAAGAAUCGACCAGAAUUAUUUAAAAAUAAUAGCAAUAAUGAGGUGUACCCUACAGAAUAUCAUGAUAAUAGGAUGGACUUGAACUACACCUUUUUUAUGGGGAAAAUUUUGGGUAAAUGUUUGUUUGAGCAUGUUUUAAUUGAUGUUUCCUUUGCAAGUUUUUUUUUAAAUAAGCUAUUGAUGGAUGACGAACAUCUUGCAUCUAGUACUUUUGAUGAGUUGAAUAGCUUAGAUCCAGAAUUGUACAAGAAUUUGAUCAAGUUAUUAUCGUUAAAAAGUAAUGGCAAGGGAAGUGGAGAAGAUAUUGAGGCAUUGGGACUAUACUUUGAAAUAGAUAUUAAAGAUUACUAUGGAAACAGUAAAAGUGUGGAGUUAAUCGCUGGCGGAUCGGGAAUUAAAGUGGAUAGUAAAAACCUUUUUAAAUAUAUAUUGGCAGUCGCAGACUUUAAAUUAAACAGACAAUAUCAAGCAUCCAUAGCAUAUUUUAAAAACGGGUUCAAUACGAUUAUACCUCAACAUUGGAUUUGUAUAUUUAGCGCCAAAGAGUUGCAAACUUUAAUCAGUGGUGGUAUUGAUCAAAAAAUAGACAUAGAUAAUUUACGUGCAAAUACAGAAUACGGUGGUUUUACAGAGGAUGAUAUAACUAUUAAAUAUUUCUGGGAGGUUUUAGAUGAGUUUGAUGAUGAACAAAGAAGUAAGUUUGUUAAAUUUAUUACAUCCGUACCCAAACCACCGUUGCAGGGAUUCCAAUCGUUGAAUCCUAAAUUUGGCAUAAGAAAUGCUGGAUACACCAACAGGAAUAGGUUGCCUACAGCUUCAACAUGUGUUAACUUGUUAAAGUUACCUGAUUACAGGGACAAAGAGUUGUUAAGAGAAAAGUUGCUGUAUUCUAUCAACAGUGAUGCAAAUUUUGAGUUAUCGUGA